UAAACAUGAGGAAGAAAGGGCGCUCUGAGCUUCUGCUACUCCUUCUGUCCAUGGCUGUGUUAGGGUUAGAAGCAAGGAUCCAGCUAACCAUUUACUUUCCUGCUGAGAAACUUACAUGGGACGAGGCAAGACAGUACUGCCAGGAUAACCAUAUAGACAUGGUUACCUGGGACAAAAUAGACCCAGAACUGCUGACAAAGUGGUUGGAGGAAAAAGGCCUCGAUGAUGUCUGGAUUGGUUUACACGAAGAUCCUGAGCAACAGUCAGCCUGGAAGUGGAUCAAUGUAAAAACUGGUGAAGGCUUGACAGGAGAGGCCGUUUCAGAGAGCGACAAUUGGGCCAAUGGACAAAACCAGGGUGGCAGCUGUGGCUCUUACCGUUCUUCAAAUAAAAAGUGGUACAGAAGAGAUUGCUCUGAAACGCUUCACUUUGUCUGCUAUGAUGAUAAUCUGACGCUGGUGACCGAGAACAAGUCAUGGGAGGAGGCACUGAAUCACUGCAGGAAUUUAUCAACAGAAUCCGAUAAAUGUGACCUCCUGAGCCUUACAAGAUCAUCUGACAUUAGCUAUGUGAGAGACCGGAUCUACGGAGCCACCAGUGAGGAGGUUUGGACAGGCUUGCGCUUUCUGGGAGGGGAGUGGUGGUGGUCCGAUGGAGAGACGCUGGACCCCCAAGAAAUGCCGGCAGGCUGUCCUAGCCGUUGGAAACACUGUGGCUCGCUGUCCAAAUUGAACACAGCUAAAUGGAUCACAAGAGACUGCUCAGAGAGAAGGAACUUCAUCUGCUAUUGUGAAGACUAA